AUGCUAUCACGCUACUAUGGGAUAUUUAUCUUAUGUAUUGCCACGAUAGCCGGAGCAUCAUUUCCGCCGGUGGGGAGAUGGUGUUCUAUCUGGUUCACGCUAAGUAGCGUUAGCGUGCUAUUCACCUUACCGGAGAUCACACACCAAUGGUCGCUCUUAGGAUUGAAUCUCUGGUCGAAUCAUACAGCGGAUAAGCCGAUGUCUAACGAGCUUUUUGAACGUGACGCGAUUCGAUUUUCCAGAGUGCUGAACUUCUUUCCCGUUCCGGUCGAGGAAGAGUGCCUGUCCGAGGACAAACGACGUCAGGGAAUAUGCAUGAACACAUAUGAGUGCCAUAUUCAGCGCGGGCAAUCUCAUGGAUCAUGUGCGCUCGGUUUUGGCGUGUGUUGCAUAUUCACGGCAAGCUGCGACAAUGAGGUACAGAAUAAUCUGACCUACGUGACCAGUCCUGGUUUUCCCAACCUCAUCGACCGGCCUAUGAACUGCUCAGUGCUUAUACGGAAGAUCGAUACGGAGGUCAGCCAGUUGAGGAUCGACUUCGUCCAUUUCAACAUUGGUCAGCCAAACGCCUUGACUGGCGUGUGCGACGGAGAUGUCAUGGUAAUUAAUAGUAACAGGACAUCUUUCGAACUAUGCGGAUGGAACAGCGGGCAACACGUGUACGUGGACGUGGGCGAAGGCAACGAACCAAUCACUUUAAACUUCCGACUGCCAAGCGGAUUGCAAUCACGAAUGUGGGAGAUGCGAGUGGUGCAGCUGGGUUUCGAGCAACGUGCACCAGUCGGAUGUCUCCAAUACUUUUACUCGCCCAAUGGCACACUAAGGACAUUUAAUUAUCUCCCGAACGGCAGAUAUCUCGCCGAACGCGAUUACCUAUUAUGUGUACGUCAGGAAAGGGACAUGUGCGGUAUCUCUUAUCAACCUUGCACGCGAGACUCUUUUCGGAUAGGUCCUAAUAGAUAUCAAGAUAUGUCCAAUACGACCAAUAACACAAUUCCCGCAAUGAUCGCUGCAAACAGCGGAAAUGCUUCUACAGCUGUCAAUCCAAACGUCACUUCUGUAAACGGUUCCGGUAUGGACAUUGUCGAGGGAUCGGGAGCAGGAUUAUCUGAACAGGAAAUGGCUUUUAUCUCCAAUAUGAAUUCGGUACCUUUUUUUGGAAGACGGUGCAGAGACAGAAUACUUAUUCCUUGCGAUUUCGAGGAAUUUAUUACACCGGGAAACAACAUGGCAGGUAUCUGUAAUUUGGAGCGUUGCGGCAGUUCACUGUGCGACCAAAACGAACUCGACACAGAAGGCAAUUGCCGAGUUGAGACUUGGACUACUCCCUUUCGUAUAAGGGUAGCAUUUGGUCCGGGUAUCAAUAUGGACGGCACAUUGGAAGACAAUGCCGGCAUGUGCCUCACGUACCAACAGUUAGCUUGUGUAGCUUGA